AUGUACGCGAGCCCGCUCGACCAAGCGCUCGAGAUCCCAUUCGAUCCCUUCCGAGAGCUUCACAAGGACGAUGACGACCUGGCCUGGCCCGAGUACCCGUACAAGCACCGCGAGCUGCAAAAGGUGCUGGACCGCGUCCCGGGCUGCACGAGGCGGCAAGCGGCCGGCGCGCUCCUUGUUAGUCGGGGCGACGCGGCCAAAGCGAUUGCGUCCUUCGCCCUCUUUCUCGACCGGGACGAGCUCCAGACGCGCUUCGAGGCCGAGCGGUCGGCGUUUGCGGCUGCCAAGAAGGCGUACAUUCUCGAGACGACGGCGCGCGUCCGGGCGCAGCUGGAGGCAGCAGCCAAGCGCGGUGCGCUCGCGGCCGACGUCGCCAUCGACGUGGCCUUCCGCUCGUCGAUCAAGGCCAUUCGGUAUGCCAACGGCGACAAGUACGAAGGCCAAGUGCUUGAGCGGGACGGCGUCAUGGUGCCCCAUGGCAGCGGCACGAUGCUGGUGCGCGACCCGACGACCAAGCCGCUCAACCCACUCGAGCACCUCAGCGUGCCCAAGUACACGGGUGCGGCAUCCCCAUGCCUCGCCCCACUCGUCCUCGAUAGCACGCAUACUGCCUUCUUCGUAGGUGACUGGCAGCAUGGGCUCCAUCAUGGCAACGGGCGCUACUACUGGGACGACAAGACGAGCUGGGAGGGCACUUUUCUGGCCGACGAAAUGCACGGCAAGGGCCUCUUCUACCCGGCGCCCGAGGAGAACGGUGACGACGAUGGCGUUGACAUGGAUGGUCAUCGCGCGGCUGGCCGUGAUCGGUACUAUUAUAAGGGCCGCCACGUGUGCUGGGGCGACGACCUCGUCGCGAACGCUCGUCUACGCAUCCACGGAGCCCGAGGCGCGUCGCACUCGGCGACGAUGAUGUUUCGGUCGCCGCCGCCACGGGAGCCGCCACUCGAAGGCUCUGUCGUGGCUUACAAUGCGACACUGGACACGCACUGCCUCCGUCUCGGCGAUACGUCCGAACGCUGGCUGUGCCUCAGCGGCGAACACACGCUAUAG